ACGUGUUUUUACGCCUUUCGUCGGUUUCGCGUUUGGCCGUGUGGACGCGACGUACGUACGUUAACCACCUUGCAGGCAAGCGCGUUUUUGUGCACUGCUGUUUGUUAUCUCCAAUUGUGCCCUGCUACGUGUUAACAAUUUGUGCUUUUGCCAUUUCGUAACAGCACAGAAUCGAAAGGUUUCGUGUGUGGAAAAUUGAUAAAACGGCGACAGCAGCGAGUAGUGUGCCUUUUUUCCGGGUUCGGAUGGUUUGUUAUUAUUGAGGUGAAGUUCGCCUAGUAUACUGUGUACCUACGUGGUGGUGUGAUACUUGUAGAACUAGCAGACGCGACGCCGGGCUGGUUGAGGGGAGCGAAGUUCUCUCCUGCUUUGCACACCGUGCACCGUCUCUCUCCCUAGCCGACCGACCGACGGGUUGGGUGGCGCGCACUUUUUACCACCACCCCACUUCCUGUUUAUGUGUGUAUAGCAGCAGCAGCAGCAGCUUUUCGUCCCCUUUCAAGAGAGUGCUCGACGGGCUUGAGAUUCUAGUGGACAGAAGCCUCACGCGGAAACACACUCUACGGGCUACGUCACCAAACUUCUUGUGCUUUUCUUCACAGUACGUGUUGGAAAAGUUACGGAUACAGUUUUGCUAGUGCAUGUCAGUGGCAACGAUCAACAGUUUCCGCGAAAAGUGCACCGUGCUAUAGUUCUGAAGUGAAACAUUUUCACUUUUACCGGUGUCGGUAUUUCUGGGUCGUGAGAGGAGUGUAGAAUUUGGUCAAAAUCUCCUGCUGAUUAAUGAUUUUUUACCGACCAUAUGGUAGCUUCGGUUCAGUGAGUGAUUUUACGGAAAGUUUAAAUAACUAGUAGAAAACGGUUUUCAAUUCGAAACAAACCGCAGUUUCGUUAUCAAAUUAAAUAAGUGUUAAACCUGAUGUGUCAGUGCACUGCUUUGGCCCUGUUGGUGCUAAUCGAAAAAGAAAAUAAAUUUAAAUAUUGACUGUGUCUGUUUUGUCAUAUUUUUUGCCCUGAAACGUCGCCGCAGUUACAGUUGAGCUAUUUGGUUUUUUUCUGCUGUUGUGUUGCCGUGACUGGUUGCCCGUUGGGGGCCUCUUAUACGGGUGUUUUGUAAAUAGGGCUCGGAAAAACGAGGUACUGAGGAAAAAUAGAGCUUUCACUGUCGUUGUGCGCCUAGCUGUGUGCUUCUGGUUUUACAUUGUUGUUGGUUGAUGUGCCAUUCAAGUCUGUCGCAACUGUCACAGCGCUAUCAAAAUACACGAGUUUAAGUGACAACUAAGCACAGAACCGACGGUACACAAGAACAGUAACAAAACACAUCACCGAGGCAAAAAAAGGAAAUUGUUAAACACUUGUGCACGAGAAGCUACGCGGCGGCGGGAACGUUGAUGUAGAGACUUUUUUCUGCUGGAAUUCAAGAAACUUGUGCAAGAGCCAUAAAUCGUUAUUCGUCCUGGAAGCGCAGUCGUGCGACCGCAUUCAAUACGGUUGAACCGAACCAGGCCAGGACAACAUGCGACGAUACGGUGUGAAGACAGCAGCAAAGUCGUUCAACUAGGGACGAGAGAGAGGAACCAGCGCGGACCGAGAGAGGUGAGCUUCCGGGGUACAUCCAUCAAUAAAACAGCGAGGCCCAAUAUUGCCUGUGGAAGCAUGAAGUCAAUCAAUAGAUGGCAACGCAAUUUAACCAAUGACCGUUGGAAACGGUAAACCCAUCUGACCUCGGGAAGAACCUGCUAGGCUGUCACUGUCACCGCAAUGGACCAUCAUGGGCUGUACACGGACAUAUCGAACAGUUUCCCGGGCAGUAGAGUUCUGCCUAAUACUAAUGUGAAGUACCACCAGCAUCACCUCCCACAAAUCCCUCCCCAGCCACCGCCAUUACAGAGCAACAACAUCAACGGGCAAGGCGCUAACCCACAGGUAUAUCAUUCCCAAUCACAACAGCAAACCGCAGCAAGUUAUGGUCAUCAACAGCAAAAGGUACAAAGUCAACACGUCGAGUCCGACCCGAUAGGCAGUGAUCUAUAUCAGGAUGCUGCUGGUUUAUUUGAUACGACCAACGCUCUGUGCACCACCAACAGUAGUAGUAGUAGUGGUAGUAAUAGUCAUAGUGGUAGUAAUAAUAACUAUAGCAACCAUAGCAGCAACAGCAACGUUAACAAUAGUAAGAGCAUCGAGUUCACUUCGCGAAAGUUCGAAACCAAUACAGGCGACAGUAUAACGUACAAUAUCAAUAACAUAAACACGAAUAUCGUGAAUAAUAUUAGUGGUGGCGGUUUAGGAGCAAACAGUGUUCAAGGACUGAACCCAGGGCAGGCCGCUAUCACCGGUGGGCCGUCGACGGAUUUUCUCGGAAACCCACAGUUUUCGAGCUCCGGUGGUAACGCUCAGAUCUCGUUUAACAAGGAAAGUGAUACCAAUCCAACGAUCAUUAACAUUAGCAAUAAUAAUCAUAAUAUUAUGGCACCACCCUAUCCGUACCCGUAUCAAACGAAGAUCUCCGGAAUGGGUGCGUUAAAUGAACUGAAUACUAAAUUUGUCCCCAACCCUGCUUGGGCGGCCUCUGGAACAUCCCACAAUGUCGGUGAUUUCAGUCAUGAAAACACCAUUAUUAGUAAUUUUGAAGCAAAAAAUCCAAACAAAUAUCAUACGAAUCGUGCCAACUACCGAUAUCAGCAAGAUUUCGUUCAGUCGAACCAGCAGCCUCAGACUGCUACCCACUACCCGCAGCAUAAUUACGGUCUUUAUCAUCCGGAAGGAGCUCAGGCUACUUCGAUUCAGCAACCUAAUGGUCACUACGGAUACGAACCGUAUCCACAUAUCGUACGCGGCAAAUAUCCCUCAAUGGAGGAAGCAAGCCGCUAUGGACGCAACCAUCAGCAUAUUUCCGCUAAUCACUCUCAGACACAUCCUGAACUGAUGUACAACGAAAGAUCUCGGUACCCAAAUAAUUUUACCAGUGGCUAUGUACCGCCAGCCCCAGGUCAUUACCCAACCGCUCAACCAAGCAAAAAUAUUCUAAACCCAAACGUAGAGUAUUUCAACAGCGGUUAUAUCAAACAAAUUCAAGCAAUGAAUCACCACGCAGCUAAUCCCUAUGUGUCCAACAGGCCAACUUACCCUCAUCAGGCUUCAGCUCUACCAAACUACCACCACCAAAACUAUCACCUAGGAGCCUUUGAAGAUCCCUAUCACCACCGAACUCGAGUUCCUAACAUUUCGCACCACAUAAAUGAGCCACACCUUCAGCAACACUAUCCAAACUAUACCAAUCAUGUACCAAAUCUCCCGGUUUAUCCGCCGAACCACAAACUCACCUUCAGUAAGACAACCAAUGACUUCUAUGCGCCCAACAUUCAGCAGAAUCCCUACAGCAAUCCACUAUCCCACCCGACAGCUCCGUCUGUUCAUCACGCACCGCAAUACAACAUCAAAUACACCUCGCAGACCAUUGUACCCCCACAUAACCAACCGAAAAUACACGGUUAUUCCAUUCCACCUACCGCUAGCCAGCAACCAACCCAGAAAGCCACAAAUAGCUGCUAUUACGACACACCGAACCCCGUUAUUGAUAUGAACCACCCACUGGUAGACCUGGAGGAGCAGAUCAACAGUGUCAAGAUUCUGAAAACCAGACAAGAUGCAACGGCGACUUUACCGGCCAACUACAACAACCAGCAAGCGCUCAGCUAUGACUGUCAGCAGAAGUAUCUUAUGAAUCAUGGAUACAUGACUCCGAAGGCUACACCAAACUCCAUAAAUUACAUCGCCAACGGUCUAGCCAAUAGUCAUCCCACCAAUCCAACCAACUACGGCUACACCACUAUGGAAGAUCUUGGUCUCGGUUCCCGUAGCUUCACGCUGGAUGAAAAUUUAAAGGAUAAGAACCUCCGUGACUACCUGAGCAGUUGGAAUGAAACCGAAGAAGAGGAGUCCAGUAAUGCUGCUGCUGCUGCUGCAGCUGUUGCAGCAGCUGCUGCUUCAGCAGCUAGUGUUGCGGGAGCAUUAGAAACGAAGGAAACCAACAACAAUCAACCGACUUACCAAAACUUUGAAUCCUGUAAAUACCUACAGGAAGAACUGAAUGAGCAGCUGCCACCCCUGCACAGCGGAGUAAUUGUAGCAAAUGUACAGAAUGGCGGAACGCCGCUUCCGGAUAUUCUUUCCGAUCUGGACAAAACCAAAGAAGAACUGAAGACUGGCCAGGAAACAACCGAAGUGGGCGAAAAGCUGUACAUUUUGGAAACGUACGAUGUGCCACAUUCGGAACUGAACAAAUACAAACACCUGAACGUAAUCAAUGAGUUGCCUAAAAAUGUCGUCCCAAUUCACGACAGUGCCGACUCGCUGAAGUUCUUGGAGGAAAUUGAGUCCAACCGGGAAAAGUACUAUCAAACCGAGCUGGAAUCGGAGGUAGUAUACGAUGAUCGGAAGAAAGAAGAGGAAAAGAAAGAAACGAAAGCGGCAAAAGCUGCAGCUGAAGUGAAAGAACGACCGGAGAAGGCGAGUUCACCUGUGCUCGAGUCAAAACCUCGAGACGAAGAACCACUUAAGGAAGAGAAGAGAAUAACUGAACCGACAGCGAAAACCAAAGACGAUGCAGAUGCAUUCAAAGUGCCUAGUUGCGUUCCAAAGUACAGAAAACGAAGACACUAUCAUUACGAUUAUCCGCGUUUUCCGAAAAAGGCUAGACGUUCGAGUAUUGAAGAUUUUCUGUACCUGGACGUACCGAAACCGGUAACGAAAAAGAACCCCAAGAGGCUGUUGACUCUUUGUGUGGCUACGCUAAACUCGCGGGCUUUUAGACGAUAUGCAAAGGAAGAUAUUGCUCGAAGGAAGGAAGCAGAGUUGAGUGUGAUUGUGCAUCAGCGGGUGGAAGCUGAUUCAGACAAAAGUAUCGAUGAUGUCGAUGAAACCACUGUGGUUGGUACGGAGUGUUUGGAUUCAGUUGCAGUAUUAGAAGCUAAAGAUGGAAGUGAUGCACAAGAAAAACCGACCGUUGAAGUGAUCGAUGAAGAAUCGGAUAAAAGUGAUGGUGUGGUAGAAUUGGCAGAGUCUGAACACAGCGAUCAGCAUACAAUGGAAUUGUCCGAAGAGCUAUCUACGCCAGUAGAUAUGCCACAGGGGGUGGAGUCAUCCAGACGGAACGAAGAAGAGUUAACGGAAGGCUCGGAGCAACCGAUUGAGACUACAGUUGACGUUUCUCCACAAGAAAUGGACGCCACUAUUUCUGAAAACGAUGUUUGCGACAAUGUUGAAAACUAUAUACUAGAAAGAGUUGAAACUAAUAGCAUUGAACAUGCGGAGGAGAAAAACCAACUACAUGAAGUGGUGGCACAGGAAGAAUCAAUUGAACUGCCCAACUGCAAAGAAAUUGAGGGUCAGCAAGAAUCAAUUGAUCACCCCAAAUGCAAAGAAGAGUUGGCGGAUGAAAAGUUAACAGAAGCUAAAGAAGACGACGUUAUUCCGGCUACUGUUGAUCUCACCGAGUCCGAUAUGGAUGACGAUGUGUUCGAGGACAACCCCACAGCAAGUCCUCUCCCCUCUCAGCCCCAUUCUCCCUCAUCAGCGUAUUCAACGUCAUCUUGCUCAUCAAGUUCAUCUGAUGACGAAACGGACAGUUCAUCGGAUGAAGAGACCGAAACAGAAUCAGAACCAGAAUUAACGGUGAUCAACCACAAUUCGCCUGAAAAAGUGAUAACACCAGAACCGACAGCAGUCAUUGUUGCGGCUGAAGCACAUCAAGUACCUGUAAUACGGAAAAUCGAAAGAAUUGCUUGUACGGAAGUUGAAAACAAGCAAAUGGAAUCACGUACGUUUAGUGUACCAUGUCUUCGUGACAUUGCUGAAGCUGCAUUUAACAGAUACAAACACACCUACGUCUAUCGACCUGUUCCGACAUUACGGCGGAUGUGUUAUGAUUUUCUUCUCUCAAAUGAUCUUUUGCCGCAACCGGAAUCGCUGCAAACCAUAUGCGAAAAGUUCAUUUGCAACAAUCGGCAUAUAUUUAUCAUCGAAGAAGUGCGGCAUCAGCCGGAACGACUGCAAGAUAUUUGUCAACGAGUUGUUGAUGAAACGAAUAUCAUUAUCGAUGUCAACAAUAUCUGCAUAUUUGAUGGAGCAGAGUUGCUACACCAGCAGGACAGACAGCAGGAAGAGGAGAAAGGUCGCGUAUUCAUUGUGGAAGAUGGACGCGGAUCGAUUGCGGAUCUUCUCACAGAUAAUGAAGACAUGGAUGCCGAGGUGACGCUGAUGCCCGAGGAUAUCGGCGAAGAGCACGAUAUAUUCCUGGACAGGACAGUCACCACCGAUCACGGCUGUCAGGUAAUCAUGGAGAGUCAUUCGCUUUCGGAUAGUGAGAAUGAAAUCUACAAGAAGGUAGAACAGGAAAUUGAAAAAAUGAUGACUACCAGUUCCGAUGAAGAAGAUGACAGUGCGAAGGAAUGCCAAACAGCUCUAGAUGCUGAGUCGCUGAGAAAUGAGUUUUUCUCUUUCGUCGAAGACGAUUGCAUUCAGUACGAGGAGGUGAUUCCAGUGGAUAAGGAGGCAUUUAGAAGGGAUAGUUUGAUUAGAGAUCUAAGGGUGAAAUAUAUUGGUAUAAGGAGUAUUUCCAGGGCGUUACGAUUAAAGCUGCUUAGGAAAUACAUACACUACGGCCGGUUUUUUAAGACAAAAGAUAACAAGGUGUUGCCGAGGAGUUGGUUCUUUAGAAGAUUGUCAGCUUGUUUGCAGAAAAAGAUUGACACUAUGUUGCGACAAGCAGUAAUCAUCGAGGACAGUGAUAGUAACAGCAGUUCAACGUCCAGUAUAGUUAGUUCGGUUGUCAGUCGGAGCAGCCGCAGCAGUAGCAGCAGCAGUAGUAGCAGCAGUAGUAACGCCACUAGUACGGAAACCAUCAGUAGUUCCGAAAACGAGGCAACUACAGCAGAAGCUGUGAUAAUUGAGAAAUCCAGAGAAAGUUUUUCGGAUGACCAUUCCAAUCAAUCGGGAAAUUCGGCUCCUAAAAAGUUGAUCGAAAACAACAACAAUCAUCAAAAAGAGAAUCGGAUACUGAAACCAUUCACCGUAGAAUCUCAGCACCUUCACAAUGAGGAAGACAGUAAUAGCAACAGCUCGGGAAGCCGAUCGCGGACCAGUAUACGCAGAUCACCAAAUGUUCCACCGCUGUUAAAGAAGAAAAAACCUAGCUUUGAAGAAAGCCUUCUUAGUAUCGAGCAGAUUUACAAGAAAAACUGUAGUCCAACACCAUCCACAGCGAGCUCAAACUCAACGCAUUCCUCAACUGCUAGCCGAAAGCGUCGCUACUCAACUAACUGCCGCCCGAACGUGAUCGUCAAUGUCAAUAACAAUCGCGAAGCGCCUCGGAAACUCAUAAUUCCGUCGUACAAAAUUUUCGACCAAACGCUCACGAAGAACUUGCCCAAUGAAGAAGUAACGAGGCUAUCGAGAUCAAUCAGUCGAACGCAGAGUAGAAGCAACAGCAGCAGCAGCAGUGGCAGCAGCACCAAUAGCAACCCCCAGGCCAGCUAUACCCAGCGAAACAGUGGACUGAUUCGCGUUAACUAUCCAAAUAAACCGGCAAAUUCGAUCAAGAUCGCAGCGGGCAAUGGCGCAAGUUCACGAUCGCGUGUUCCAGCAGCGCUGGCUUGCCUAGAUCAACGCUUUCCCUACGUCCGGCUAGAACGUAUCGAUUACGUGGAAAAACUAGCAGAACAAUACCGCAAACAGCAGAGGCAACAGCAGCAGCAGCAAUUUUCAAAGCAGCGGCAACGGCGGAAAUCGACCUUCACGUAGUCAUCCGUAAUCACCGUUACCAUUAUAGCUGUGUAGUUUAGUGUGUAAUCGUCGCGGACGUGGAUGCCGCGUGUGUUGCGUGUCCAACGUGCUUAUCAAGGGCUGUUUGUUUCUGGUUAUAGUUUUGCAGUGCAGCAAUUUGCUGUUGCCACCACUGACUGGCACUGGCACUAGCCGGUGGUGCUGCCUGCAAGAUAUGUACUAUUUUUUUGUUCUAUGUUAUUGUUUGUUCCUACCUACAUUAGUGUGAUAUCAAAAUCUGCCCGCCGCCGGCAGCCGCCUGGUGGCAGUGAUUUUGUUCGCGUACUCAUGUACCUACCCAUGUAGGUACGUAUGCGCGACUCGAACAAGCCGAGCGAACCAUGAGGCGGAAAAUAGACUAUUUUCUGCUCGACCGUGGACUGAUUAAGCGUGUCCCUAAUGUGGCUGCGCGCUCAAAUUCUGGAACGUAGUUGGCACUGAGAGUUGACCUUCGCGGUUACAGUCGGCCCGGGCCGUGCAAAUUGUGGUCUGCUUAAGAUGAAAGUUCAUGAUGCAGUGGUGUAAAAGUAAAAAAGCAUUUUACCUUCAGGUCAUUUCGUUGAAAAGCAUGAUGUUUUGAGAAAGUGCUUUUUUGCAAUUAAAAAACUAUAGUGGAAAAACAGUAAUACCAUACACAGUUGUUUUUUGGCCAUUUUGUCCUCAGCUUUCAGGCUGCGUCAGUUAAGAGUUACUUGCAGAUUGUGUCAUGGCAUGAUAAAAAUAACAAUCCAUACGAAAUCAAAAAACCUUGUUGCCUAGUCAGCAUUCUGAUAGAAAGACCACUCACGAAGAACUAUUCAUGAAAUGUUCCUUUUUUUGGUCUGACAUUUUGGUUUAAGACAUUUCAAUUCGAAGAAAUUAAAUUUCGUAACAUGGACGCGAUAAAUAAAAACAAUGUUUUCCAACUAUUUAUUGGUUCAGGUGUCAAACGUUAUAUUGCGAUUAACGAUAAACACCAAAGAAACUGAGAUCCAUGAGAGGGUACUGUUGCUGCGCUGAGUAAAUUUAUUGUCGUGCAAAAUUGGGCUGUUUCCAAUAUGUACAAUAUGUGUUACAAAGUAACGACAUCUGUUGUAUUCAAUAGGGAAACAUUGAUAGUUUCAAGCAUAUUCUCACGCCAACUUCUGUUCUUUAUUAUCAGAAACUAGAGGUGGUGUCCUAUUGUUCAAAAAGGUUAAAAAAUAUAACAGCUAAAAGUAACUUUUACCCCAAUGCCCUUCUGGCAUACAAAAAAAAACUUAGCAAUAAAUAAAAAAUCUGAUUAAAAAAAUAUAUGGUCGCAGUGACCACAUGAAAAACAUGCCAAAAAACGGUAUUGAAAAAUUGGAUUGAUUUCACGAUAUUUAUAUUGGGGUUAAACUCUACUAGCGAAUUUCUGCCCAUUUUCGGUUAAGAAUUACAAACAAAUAGUAAACAAUCUUGGAAUAAAAUUUUCAUUCCAAAUUAUAAAUUUCUAAUAUUAUUUAUUAUUUAUAUAUUUAUUAGUAACAUAAAGGGCGUUGUGAUCAAAAUUUGAACAAAAAUGUAUGUGAUGUAAAUUGUUGAAAUUUUCUGUUUGAAAUAUCAAAUUAAUUUUCUUAUUGACAUUUAAUUGCUAUAAAAUAUGGAAUCAAUAUCCGGUCUUUCGUUUAAUUCCUACUCUCAGAUUCUGUACAGCCACCUCGUCGACUUUGUUUACCGCAGACCAUCGGUUUGCCUAAAAAUUGCUUCUCGCUUCCAACAGUUUUUACAGCUGCUUGAUGAUGGCGACAUGCCGCUCCGUGCAUUUUGUUCCGAAAAGGCUGGAUAUCAAAUCUGGCCAAAACAGCACGGAACAAUCGUGUUGCUUUAGGAUUGGCAGCAGACGUUUUACUAGACACUCGGUUAGGUAAAUUUCCUGGGUGACUGAUGAUCCCGAUUGCAAUUAAAAUGUCGCUUUUCAAGCCUGCCAAACCAGAUAUUUCUUAGCAAACUUUGACAGUUUCAUAUGCUUAUAAAUAUCAGCCUUCCGAUUGCCGUAUAAAGCUCCUGCCCAGCCAGGCUUCGCCGUCCAUCACUACACGAUCGAACUUCGUCAGCGUCGUCGUGUACAACUUCCGGGAUCGUGUUUUGGCCGUCUUGCUUUAUUUGUCGGUGCGGUUUGAAAUCAUUAUUUUCUUAUAAGUCGAUAUUCCGGUUUGUUUUUUAGUUAGAUGCACGGUUGUAUACGAUUCAACCCGAUUUACAAUAUGCUUCCGCCAAUUCCAUAACUACCUUACACUUACCAGGCCCAAACCGUUGCUGGUUUUUGCCAGAUUUUCAGUAAUUCGAGUUGCAAGAAGAACCUCACUUAUAAUUUCAGAUAUAAUUCCAUAUUUGCCGUGAGUAAAACUUGCAAGAGUUUUUGCGGGAAACGCUUCCUAUCGGACAAAUUGAUUGCCAGAUUUUUUCCUGAAACUUUUAUCCAAGAUAUUCAAAAAAACUUAUUCGCAACACUAACCAAGUAACAAUUUGGGUUUUAUUAUACUCUUAUGAUCACAUUUAAGACGAAAAUUAGUCUUGAAGACCACCAUAAGAGUACAAUAAAACUCACAUUGUUGCUUGGGUAGUUUCUACCUAUACCUCAAAUCACAUUUUCAAAGAAAAACUACACUGUUGAAAAUCAUAACAAGAGGGUAAAAAUUACAAAUUGUCAACUUAACUGAUAACCAAUAGGAAUGAAGAAUGUAAAGACUUUUUUACAGUUUACACCCAUCACCCAUUACACAAAUAACGGUGUAACGGUUGAAUAAACCACUCUUCAAAUAAAAUGUAUGGUGGGCAGCUAUAGUCAAGCACGUUAGACGCUGCUAAAACAGAAUAACUUUUCAAUUAUUGACAACUGGCAAUAAUCGUGACGACCACUAAGAUGACUGACAAGACAAAUGCCAACAAUCACCGAAACAAUAUCGUCAACUCCUGUGCAAACUUAAUCCACCAGUUUUGUCACCGAAAACAUCACACAUCACAACGCUAAAUCAGUUUUACCAUGCCACCCACCACCACCAGCAGCGGUUGGUCGCAACGUGCACACUUUAUAAUUUUCCUGGCGUGUUGUUUUGACGCGCCACCACAUGAAAAGCGGAUUUGUACUUACUCCCGGAGACCGGACCCAUGCUGAGAGUUCGUUUCCAAUGCAAAGCUCAUCAACGUCAAUCGAGCACCCGUCACUACCAGUUAUUCGAGCAGUUUGAAUUGGCACUGGUAGCGUUACCAUCAUCUACAGCUUGCCCCAAUGGUUCGUGUCUACGGAAGACUGUUUGCUCGAACGUUAUUACCGGUUGAUUUCAUGGUGGAUAUACGACCACGUGUUUGUAAUAAAUAAUGCAGGCAAAUAAGAAAAACAAAAUAUUUAAUAGAAAAGUAUAUAUUUUAGUCAAUCGUAAGGUAUUAAGGAUAUUUGCUAGAAUUCAUGCUAGGUCAUUCUUUCGAUUGUCAUCUGACUUUGAAGUCCAAUGGACUUAUACACACACAAAAUAAAAACGGUUACUUUCAUCUAGCUUUCCAUCUAGUCAGUAGAAGAAAUCAUUUAUCAACAAAUACAGAAGAAACCGAAACGUUUCUUUCUCUGAAGCUGUGGUGUUUUUUUGGUAAGGUUUUUUAGCAUUAGUAUACGUUUUAGCCGGUAGAUUUCCACAACCUAAUCACAAACUGUAUCAACAGAUAAAUGCAUUCCGAUUUUAAGUUCCUAGGAAAUAAGUUUUUAUAUGUAAUAAAUACACAUUUUUACCACCAAGAUUUGCAUAACAUCAUAAUCUGAUUCAUGCAGGUUAUCGUAAAUUGUCAAUAGAGUGCUUGGUCUAUACAAUAUAUAUUUCGAUUGUAGAAUUUGUAGAAGCAACAGUCGACCACGAAAGCCUAUACACAAAAAGAAAAUCAGCAACCAAAAAAUUACAUUUACACAGUAGUGCCUUGAAUGCCACCAGAGUUUGAAAACAACGGCUGAUCUGUCGAUAUUACCGCGGUAAGAUUUGGCAAAGAAAAAAUCGAUGUUUGGAUGUACAAGUACGAAUAGCUUUUUUACAGACAAAAAAACAAAACGUGUAAUGUUGAUAUUUUACCUAUACACAUUAAGAAGACUUUUUACGGUCAAAAAAAGAAAAAUACAACGCAACUUUGUCGCUUGGUAUAAAUAUAUUGAAAUAAUAAAAUAUGCGGUGGCAUUUAUUGUAGAGAGAAAUAAAACUAGUACAGACAUCACUUACAUGAAAAUAGAGUUGAUAUUUUUAAACAAAAGCAGCGUGCAUUCACGACCGGAAGCAGCGAGGCGCUGAAUGCAAGACAGCAUAUAAGAAGAUAAUAUUAGCCAAUCGUAAAUAUACUUAUCCUUUGGAAGGUACAGCUGGCUCUAUUUCAGCGGCCAGAUUUAAGACGUGAGUAUUGUAUAUCUAUUUUUUAUCGUGUAUGGUAAACCUGUUGUUUGAAGGUAAUGCAAAACAAAAAUAAAAUAAAGAUUUUCAUUUUUGAA